CACACACACACACACAGACACAAACACACACAGACACCCCUCCAUGCUUUCAGUAUAAAAGCAGAGCAGAGUUUCUGGUCUUCCUCACAUCAUCCGGCUCUUAUCUCAGCUGCUCCUCUUCAUCACACCUCUUCUUCCUCAGGGCUCUCCUGCCGACCUUUUUGCCGACUAACGUAACUCCCCGGUAUAUCCCUCCCCACACGCCCCCAGCUCUCCUCCUCCUCCUCCUGCAUCAUGGCAGCUCUGUGGCUCCAUUGCGUCUCUCUGCUGGCCGUGCUGCUUGUGUCGUGGCCAGGCUGCCAGGCUGCCGCGCAGCCGCAGUACCUGUGCGGCACUGACAUAGUGGACGCGCUCUCACUGGUCUGCGGGGACCGAGGCUUCAUGUUCAACCCCAAGAGAGACGUGAACCCCUUGACGGGUUUUCUUACUCCGAAGAUGGUCGCGGCAUCGAAGCGUAACAUCUUGGAGCAGUGCUGCUUCCAGUCCUGCAACAUCUUCGACCUAGAGGAGUACUGCAUCUAAAAAGAAAAAAUGCCUGGCUGCGCUUAGCCUAGCCUAGCCUAGCCUAGCAUAGCAUAACAUAGCAUAGCAUAUCUUAGCUUAGCUACGUGGCUAACUUAGCAUGCCCCUCACCAUUCUGAAAAACAAUUGCUGAGAAAUUGAAAACGAUUGAAACUAUUCUUCCUAAAAGAUAAACUAAAAUUAAGCUAUGUUGUGUUUAUUUCUCUCUUAUUGCCAUUUCAGUACAGUGUCAACACAAAUAUAGUACACACACACACACACACACACACACACACACACACACACACACACACAC